AACGAAGGCACAACCCUACUACUACACAUCUAAAUACCUCUACCACACAUUUAAGCACCUUCACUUCAACGCCCAACAAACACAAGCACAAUGGCAUCCACUAUUCCCUUCCUCACCGCGGUCGCUGGCCGCCGCUCCCUGUAUGCUCUGUCGAAGGAAUCCCCCAUCUCCAACGACCGCAUCCUGGAAAUCGUGAACCACGCCCUUAAGCACGCUCCCUCACCCUUCAACGUCCGCAGCACCCGCUGCAUUGUCCUUUUCGGCGAGGAGCACACCAAGCUCUGGGAGGCCGCGUACAAGAUCACCGAGGAGGCCACUCCCGCAGCCAUUGGCAUCUUGGGCCCCAAGAUCAAGGCUUUCGAGGGCGCCUAUGGGACCUGCAUGUUCUUCGACGACCAAGACGCCUACGAUGACCUGACUCCCCGCUUCAAGGCCCUCUCUAAGACCUACAACGAGUGGGAGGAGCACUCUUCCGGCAUGCACCAAUUCAUCGUCUGGACCGCUCUCGAGGCCGAGGGUCUGGGCUGCAACCUUCAGCACUACCAACCAUCCAUCACUCCCUACGUCAGCAAGACUUACGACGUCCCCGCUUCCUGGACGCUCAAGUGCCAGAUGGUGUUCGGCAAGCCUGUUGGUCAGACCCCCGAAGCGAAGCCCAAGACACAUCUUGAGAAGGCUCUGAGGGUCUAUGGCGCUUAGAGAGGGGGACUGUGAGCUGACCACUGCUUUUCUUCAAGCUAGGUGAACGGGCGCUUGGAAUGGGAAUUACCUUAGCGACUGCUUUCGCGAGGUACAAUGGAUGAAAUCUUAGAAUGAAUAGAUCAUCUAACUAAAUGCCUUUCUCCUCGGUGAUUGAAUCCAUUUGCCUAUCGUCGCAGUGCUCUUUUUCCGCAAAGGAAGCUUCG